GCCGGCAGUGCCGGGGGAAGCUCGGGGAACCAUUUUGGGGCGCGGGGCCGGAGCGCGGCCGCACAUGGGGGCGGUGGGCCCCGCCCGGGGCGGUGCCGUCCGGGCGCGGCGCGGGGCCCGCCCGGGGUCGCCGGGGCUUUCGGCGCGGUCAGUGCCCGGCCCGUGCCCCCAGCCCGUCUGUGCUGCGCGGACACGCCAUGAGCUCCUCCGCGCCCCAUGACGGGCAGAUCUGCCUCCAGCGGGCCGUAUUCCUGGAAGGGCGUCUGGUCUGCGUGCUUGCCGGGGAGUAAAACCUGCAAGGGGAAAGAAAUGAGCCGUCAGACUGCUACAGCACUACCCACAGGUACCUCGAAGUGCACGCCAUCACAGAGGGUGCCCGCGCUGACGGGCACCACAGCCUCCAACAAUGACUUGGCCAGUCUCUUUGAGUGUCCCGUGUGCUUUGACUAUGUGCUGCCACCGAUCCUGCAGUGUCAGAGUGGCCACCUGGUCUGUAGCAACUGUCGCCCCAAACUCACCUGCUGCCCCACUUGCCGAGGCCCGUUGGGCUCCAUCCGUAACCUGGCUAUGGAGAAAGUUGCCAAUUCUGUACUAUUCCCAUGUAAAUACGCCUCUUCCGGCUGCGAGAUAACUUUGCCACACACAGAAAAAGCAGACCAUGAGGAGCUGUGUGAGUUUAGGCCUUACUCCUGUCCCUGUCCCGGUGCUUCAUGUAAAUGGCAAGGCUCUCUGGAUGCUGUAAUGCCACACCUGAUGCAUCAGCAUAAGUCAAUUACGACGCUGCAGGGAGAAGAUAUAGUGUUCCUGGCCACAGACAUUAAUCUUCCUGGUGCUGUUGACUGGGUUAUGAUGCAGUCUUGUUUUGGCUUUCAUUUCAUGUUAGUGUUGGAGAAACAGGAAAAAUAUGAUGGUCACCAGCAGUUCUUUGCAAUUGUACAGCUGAUAGGAACACGCAAGCAAGCAGAAAACUUUGCUUAUCGACUCGAGCUAAACGGGCAUAGGCGGCGAUUGACUUGGGAAGCAACUCCUCGAUCCAUUCAUGAGGGAAUUGCAACAGCCAUUAUGAAUAGUGACUGUCUAGUCUUUGACACCAGCAUUGCACAGCUCUUUGCAGAAAAUGGCAAUUUAGGCAUCAAUGUAACUAUAUCCAUGUGUUGAAAUGGCAAUCAAACUUCUUCAGGCCAGUGUUUAAAACCGUUGCAUUUAAUUUAGCAGAAAUAGGGUAACCAUCUUUGACUGUCAGACAAAUUAUUUGGUAGAUGGAGGGUAGACAUAAAUGAAGGUAAAUAAAAGGAAAGGCUGUUAAAUUACAGGAAGCAGUUGCAUGUAGUAACUAAUAUAUUUAAAAUAAGUCAACAGUAAACCACUGAAAGUAUAUAUACACCCAAAAUGGGCAUCUUUUGUAUUAAGAAUUGAUUCUACAGGAAAUGUUGUAAAAUAAUUCUAAAAACUUGUUUGUAGAUUGAUUGUACUGUUGAAAAGGAUACUGUUUCGUGUUUUUGUUUGUGUUUUUUUCCUCCCCCUUUGACUGACAAGCCAUGUUGAGCGGUCUGGUCUCUGACCGCUGCUUCCCCUCCUCCUCCCCACCUCCCCUUUGUAAGUCACUACAUAGUAUUGCUGCUGUUUGUGUAUAUUUUUUGUGUAUUUGCUAAUUUUUAUUAACUUCUAGUUUUUCAUUAAAUAAAUAUGACUUUCUUUUCUGUAAUUCAGGUUUUUCUCUUUUUUGUAUCUUUUUAAAAUUAAUUACAGUUGUCAUCUUUUGAUAUGCAUAAUUGCUAUGGUAAAACUUAUAUUUCUGUAUGUUUGGUAAAUUUUGUCUCUUUCCAGUAGUCAAUUCAUUGGUGAUACUGUUCUUAAUUGAGCUAUUUGUGAAUGUACUGAACUCGAAAGGAGUGCUUAUGUUCAAAGAUGUGUCAGGAAAGACAGCUCCUUUAAAAACAGGUCUAGAUGUUGUUGUACUUUGAGUUAUCUUCUAACAAAAAUGAACAAUUAUUAAGAACUUUCCGAAUUAAAAAAAAAUAGUAAUUCACAUUUCAAAUUUAGAGAUGCUUAGAAAAUUGAUUGCAUCCUUGUAUUUGUUGGUUUGCAGUACAAAGAAAGUAUUGUAUUACACAAUAUUUGUAAUUAUAAAAGCAGACCAUUUGUCUAAAAAAAAAGGCAGUCAGAGUGAGAUGUUUUCAGUCUUUUUAUAUUUGUCAUUAAAAGAUUACCUGGCAAAUGAAAAAAAACACAGCCAACUUCUGCUUUUUGCUUUAGCUCAAAGUUUGACACAUUGAUGCUCUUGCUCAGUUUCUUGUCAUGUCUUUUAGUUGUAACUAAAGCAACUGUCUGGAACUGACUUUUGUAUCUCAUUUUGCUGACAUGAUCCACAUGACAAUGCAGAUAAAUCUCUUCCAGGUGUGACUGACCAGCCCUAAAGGCUUCGGAAGGAUACUGGGCUUUAUGCAGACUGCCUGUAUGUGCAAACUGAACCACAAAUGUAAAUGGGAUUUGUGUUACAAAACAGACACAGACAAGAGCAGGGGAAAAGCUGUUCCACCUCGAGCGGGAAGAUCUGUGUCAAACCAAGUGGUAGUGGAUGUGUCAGGGAGCUGGUCUGGUUAUUGACUACUUUUGUAACACAUUAAAAUACAGUUUAUUUACUGUG